CGUGCAGCUGAAGGACUACGACUAUCCAUCUAAUUGGACAGUCAGUCAUUUCCCAGUUCGAAGGUCAUGUGCGCGUCAGCUAGACAGAUCCAGAUCCGGCGUGGCGUGCCUCAUCAAGCUUUCUACACCUGUUUGAUGAUGGCUAACGUUGAAGUUCACGACUAAUCUUCACGACCUGAAUCUACGAGCAUGGUAUGGAUUCAUAAUGCCUCAUCUACUACUCUUAAAUACGAAACUAUAUGAAGACCCGAUAGAGUAUGGACCCCGAUCGGAAGCCCAAAGUGUUCAGGCUACGACAUCUACCUGGCGAUGUCAACAAGUCUCAAGCACUUAUAUAUCUCAGUAUAGGCCUUGGCAGUAUACCGGUCGAUAACAUUCAAAUUUACUCGUUAGCGACGAGUUUAAGUCCUUGGCGACCAACUAAGACGGCUACUCUUAUGUUUGAUCCGCUACCUGUUCCGCUGCUGCAAGGAGACCCGAGUGAGGACGAAUGGCAGAUCAGGGUAAAUGGACUGAAGGAGCCUUUAAUCCUAGACACCCAUUUCCGUGGCCUAACUCCGCUCCGUGAGCCUACCCCAGACCACUGCUUCGAUUGCAUUGCCCUUUCGGGACUUUCCAGCCAUCCAUUUGGUUCAUGGCAACCAAAGAAGAGUGACAAAACAUUCAUGUGGAUUAGAGAUGCCUUACCCCUUGAUCUCCCUCAACUUAGGCCCAUCAUCUACGGAUACGAGUCAAGAUUACCUAAGAGUAAAUCGUUCCAGACCAUCACCGAUCUAGCUUCACAGCUGAUCAAUCAGUUAACAUCGAACGGGUGGAUUGCGUUAAGUGCAAAGCCUUUAGUAUUCCUAGCACAUAGCCUUGGGGGACUUGUUCUGAAGCGUACCAUUGUAGCACUGGCCAAUAGUGGCUACGAUGAUAGUGCGAUCCGGAUUGUGGGAGCUGUCUUCUUCGGGGUACCAAAUUUUGGCAUGGAACAGUCGUCGUUCCUCUCUAUGGCUGAAGGUAAUCCAAAUGAGAAACUAGUGGAAGAUCUAUCCCUUCAUUCCCCUUGGCUGAAGAGUCUGGAGUCACAAUUCAAUGGCAUUUCAUAUUUGAGGGGGAUGAAUAUGUUCUGGGGAUACGAAACCUGCACAUCUCCAACCUUGAUUCAAGGGGAGGACCGAAAACCUCUACCUGGCCCCGAAGUUGUUCUUGUAACACCCGAAUCGGCCACACGAGGUUUACUCAAAGUAAACGAAAGCCAGACAUUCCCUCUCAACGAGAACCAUUCCAACAUCGUCAAAUUUAGCCGAGGCCAUGAAGACUAUGGAGUUGUCGUUAAUAAACUUGCUCAGAUUUGCUGUCUCGAUCCGACCAGUGAUGCAUGUGAAGGAAAUGAAGAAAUAUGUUCUAGCAACCUCAGUUAUGACAAUAUUAGAUCAAAUAGCCGAGUCGAAGGUCAACAUGCGAAAACAUCACGAGAACCCGAGCCUUCCCAUAAAGAAAAGCCCCAGUUUGCUCAAACCUUGUCUCAGGCGGACCUAAGACGGAUAACGCGUAUACUUUUGGAGUCUCUCAAAACGACUGCGCAGGAUGAUCGAUUCCAAGGGAUUGAAUCGCACUUCGGUGAUACGUUUGAUUGGAUAUUCAAUCAUCCCGAAUGCGGAUUUCUACACUGGCUCCAAUAUGGACAAGGCGCAUUCUGGAUCAACGGCAGCCCUGGAUCAGGAAAGUCUACCUUAAUGAAAUAUAUUUUCGAGGACAAUCGCACUCGUGAGCUCCUCCACAAUAUCCAGAGCUCACACGAAGAAAUUUAUGCCGGAUUCUUUUUCCAUCAUCGUGGCUCGAUGAUGCAGAAGUCAUUUGAUGGUUUAUUACGAAGUAUCCUGAGCCAAUUUCUGGAGCAAAACUCGAAGUUAGCCUGGAUGUUAGCACCGCUUCAUUCUAUUACGAUGGAUGAAUAUGAGAGGGUCACGGUUAUUAUUCACGGAUGGCCUAGAGCAACUCUGGAGAAGGCCUUCAACAUUGUAUUAACACAACAACAAUUCGACCUAGAUAUAUUUCUCUUCUUGGAUGCUUUGGACGAAUACCAUGGGCGCCCUGAGUUUAUAGCUGGCUUCGUCGAAAGCCUUGUAAGGGAAGAGAAGACAUCCAGAACACGCCUCAAAGUGUGCUUCUCCAGCCGGCCAUGGGAUGCUUUCACUACUCGAUUCAAAAACUAUGCCAAUAUCACAAUUCAGAACUUCACUAAGGAUGACAUACGCCGUUAUUGCUUAGGUGUCAUGGAUGCCAAUAUCUCCGAUAUAUCCGUUCCCAUAGAAAUCCUAGUUCCACAAGUUGUUGAUAGAUCAAACGGGGUAUUCCUCUGGGUCAAGCUGGUUGCCGGCGACCUUGCUCGCGCUGCUAAUGAGGGGUCAAGUAAGGAAGAGCUAGAGCAUCUACUUCGAUCACUACCAGCGGAACUUGACGACUAUUAUGCUGAGAUUAUUCAAAGAACGCCAGUAUCAUUGCGGUGGAAACUUUACGCCAUGUUGGAAAUUGCUACACGCUCCCAUAAACCUUUAGAAGGGCCUGCUUUUAUCGAAGCAGUUGAGUGUUCGCGAUCUUCAUCUUGGGGUGAAGCGGUGUCUAGAGUCGCGAAAUUGUGGACUUUAAGCGAAUUAGACAGCGAAGCGCACGCUACGAGACAGAUUAAGAUAUAUGCUCAGGGGCUUAUUGAAAUCCGAAGCAAAGUCGUCGAACUCCUACAUCAAACUGUUCAAGAAUUUGUGGGUCAGCCAAAAUUUAAUGCUUUAGUCCUCGAUACCGAAGCAAAAGUUACUUUCGAGAAUGGAUAUUCUUUCUUAGUGAAAUGGUUUCUAGUGAAGUUUUUCGAGAAACCUAAGGGGAAGGAAGAUGACAUUACCCAAGUAAUAUCAUAUGGAAAACUAUCGGAGAAAUCUACUGGUCGCAGCAUGAAGACCUUCCUCGACAGCAUCCCCAACGAAAAAUACAGCCGGAUCGGCGAUGCCUCAGUACGGAACACUGUUGAGUUUGCCGCAUAUGCAAAGUUGUCUCCAUAUUUUCGCGAAUUAUUUCAGAGCGAUCAGGCAUUCUCCAAGGAAUGUAACAUAAAUGACCAAGGCUCGUUAAUAACACUGUCUCUUGAUCUCUUUCGGAUCAGUAGCAACCACCACGGUUCUCAAUUUGCCAACUUCGAAGAUGGCGAGGAGGUUGCUAAACUCAUAUUCGACAACGGCUACAAAAUCCAAAACGACCCCAUCGCAUUUCCAAAGGUGGUAUAUUAUCUAUGUUAUCUAACCAUGUUUAAGCCGAGCUCUGCUCGAAACAAGUGUAUCGAUUUCAUUUUACGUUUCCUUGAGCUUGGUCAGGACCCGAAUGCACCACUGACCAUUCAUCACUUAUCGGAUACGAAUCCCCUAGAAUGCACCGCGCUACACUUGAGCCCACCAGAAAUCAUCCCAUCGCUACUCUAUUAUGGGGCCAAAGUUAAUUAUCAAGAUUCUGAAGGGAUGACACCUCUAGACAGGCUCUGUUGCAACGUUCUACCGAAGACAAGAUUUCAAAUCUACCUCUAUGGAAAUCACCUAAGAAAUGUGGCAGAUUCUUACCAAGUAGCUUGUAUGUUAGUCAAUGCUGGUGGGAAGCGAGCAUGCAGCACAACGGACGAAUCUUGGAAUAGGCUCAUGAAAUUGUUUUCGGAUAGAGGAUACGAUGUGGAGCCAUUACAGCCACCCGUUGUCGAGAAUAACGUUAAAAGUUGGUUGCCAUGGUCGCAGGGUUGAUCCUAUUAAACCCCCGGCGACUGCUAUAUUUCGCUGAGGAAUUAUUCAGCUAUAAUUGAGUACCUAGGUCUGCCCGA